GCUUCACAAGACUUCUGUGCACGUAUAAAUACAGGGAGGUGAGAUGCCCCUCAUAAACAGCAGCCCUGCCCUGGAGGAACUGCCCUCAGCUCUCCCCAGCCCUGCAGCUGGCAUCAAGGCUGCCAUCCAACAGCAGAAAAUCCAAACCUCAGAAGCCCUGCUGAGAUGGGAAAAAUCAUAGUUUAUGAGCAUGCUAACUUCCAGGGUAUGUCCAAAGAAUUCCACACCAACAUUGCCAACCUAAAAGAUGCAGAUUGGAAUGAUUGUAUCUCCUCAGUGAGAGUAAUUGGCCAUCCUUGGGUGGCUUAUCAGCAUGCAAACUAUAAAGGACAGUUACUGGUACUUGAGGAGGGAAAUCAUGACUUCGUUGGUAAAAAGAUGAAUGACAAGAUCAGCUCUCUGCAGGUGAUCACUGAAAAUCUGCACAAUCCCCAGAUCACUCUCUAUGAGCAUGCUGAUUAUCGAGGGAAGAGCAGAAUAAUAAGAGAAGCCACCAAUCUGUCCAGGGGACAUGACAAUGACACCACAUCUUCACACAAAGUCCAGAAAGGUGUCUGGCUGCUGUGUGAGCACGGUGAUGGAAGUGGAUUUCAAUACAUUGCACGAGAGCAUGAACACCUUCCAAAUUACAAGGCAAUCAAGUUCAAUGACAAGCUUUCCUUCCUGCGUCCCCUUCGCCCUGGCUGUGGCUGUUAGAUUGCAAAUCCUGCAGCGCUG